UGUUUUCUCUGACUGGGCGAGUUCCAAUAGGGCUUAAGCGAGUGUGCAAGGGACAGACAAAACCCUCGACUCAGCGAGUUUAAUUCUUUCACUCGGCAAUCGCCAUAUAUCAUCGUACGUUAAGAGCUGCUCUGUAUACUGCAACUUCAAGAAAUGGCAGUUUCUCUUCUGUCUUCUCUAUCCUUAAGCAACCACAGGAUUGCUCAAGCAUGUGUAGACUUUCAUUCAAGCAAUCAAAGAGGCGUGAGACGCUUUUCAAUUUGUUUGAAAAAUAAGGGAUGCAACUUCAAACUAUUCAUGAUACCUACCCAAGCCAUUAGUUGUCAUUGUGUGUUGAAAGAUUUUACUUCAGUUGCCUCAUUAAAUGUGGAGGGGACAUGCCAAAGAAAAUUUGUUUCAUCAGGAGUCUCAAAUGCAAGUGACUUCCUUAGUCUUGUAUUACCAGGUCAGAAACAUUGCUUGAUGGCCCAAGUAACCCUAGAGGCAAAUUAUGAAGUUGUCAAAGAACAGAUAAAUGCAGGUGCUAAAGGAAUUGAAGAAGCUGCUACUCUUGACGUCAUAGCCUUGGGAUACAUGGCUAGUGGUGAUCUAAAGUCUGUUGGGUCUGUACUAAAUUUGUUGAAUGAAGUUGUUGAAAGUGUAAAAGAUGAUGGACCACUUCUGGAAUCAGUAUUAAUGCAUAUGGGAAGCAUGUAUUCAGCUUUGGGGAAGUUUGAGAAAUCCAUGAUUAUAUAUCAGAAAGUAAUUGGUGUUCUAGAAAGCAAAUAUGGGAAAAGUAGUAUUUUUCUUGUCUCACCAUUGUUGGGGAUGGCAAAAGUUCUUGGUUCCAUUGGAAGAGUGGCGAAAGCAAUAAAGGUCUAUAAUCGUGUAAUAAUUAUUUUGGAAUCAGUCAGAGGUGCUGAGAGUGAAGACUUGGUGGUCCCUUUAUUUGGUUUAGGCAAUCUUUUGAUCAAAGAAGGAAGAACUACAGAUGCAGAAUCUAAUUUUACCAGAAUUCUAAGAAUAUAUAAGAAGUUGUAUGGUGAAAAAGAUGGAAGAGUUGGCAUGGCUUUGUGUUCACUUGCCCAUGUGAAAUGCUCAACAGGAAAUGUGGAAGAAGCUAUUGACUCGUACAAAAAGGGUCUUUGGCUCAUCAAGGAAUCGAAUUAUAUGGCUGUGGAUGACAGUAUCAUGGAGAAGAUGAGGAUUGAUUUGGCAGAAUUACUUCAUGUUGUAGGAAGGGGAAAAGAAGGCCGAGAGCUGCUGGAGGAAUGCUUGUUGAUCACUGAAAAAUAUAAAGGAAAAGGACAUCCCAGUUUAGUUCCCCACCUUCUAAAUCUUGCAACCUCCUAUUCAGAGUCAAAGAAUUUUGUUGAGGCUGAACGCUUAUUGAGAAUAAGCCUGGAGAUCGUGAAGAAAACAGUCAGCCCCGAUGACCAGUCUGUCUCCUUUCCAAUGUUGCAUCUUGCAGUAACUCUAUACAAUCUAAAUCGGGACGAAGAAGCAGAACUACUUGCCUUAGAGGUAUUGCAUAUCCGUGAGAAGGCAUUUGGGAAAGAUUCUCUUCCAGUUGGGGAGGCUCUGGACUGUUUGGUAUCCAUUCAGACCAGGUUAGGCAGGGCUGAUGAUGAGUUACUGGAAUUGCUAAAGCGAGUUCUGAAAAUUCAAGAGAAAGAGUUUGGCAAUGAGAGUAAAGAGGUUAUGCAAACCCUGAAGAAAAUUGUAUUUUACUUGGAUAAAGCAGGUAGAAAGGAUGAGAUCUUUUCCAUUCAGAAAAGAUUAUCUGUGCUCAGGAUGAAAUAUAAGCAAUCGGUUCGAUAUUAAAUCACUAAUGACAUAAUUUCUCCUUGCAUUAUUCAACUCUCAGCACAAUCCUUAAUCCGACCAGCUUAGUUUCUCAUACUCGGUUUUAACUUCGAAUCCAGCUGGUUUAGAACUGAAUUGACUCAACUUGCUGGUUGGAUGGCUGAUUGAAUGUCUUAAAAUUCAA